AUGGCAAAGUGUGGAACCUGUGGGCGCUUCCUGAAUUCGGCAGACGCUGUAGGUUGUUGUAACUGUAAGGUUAUACACCACCGAGGUUGCGUUGCGAUCUCUGAAGGAACUCGCGUGCCUAGCAAUUGGGUGUGCUCGAAUUGCAAGAUAAAACCACCGCGUCAGGGCAACAUUUCGUCGGUCCCUGUAACACCUGCACAAUCGAGGGUUCUCGUUAGUACCAGGGAUGCUGCCGAUACCAUAGCCUGUGGCAGUGAUAAUGAAGUCACGCCCACCAACAAGUCGGCGGAGCUGAGUGAACUUGUAGCUGAAAUGCGCUUUCUCCGGAAUGAAAUAACAGCUAUGAGGAGUGAGCUUAAGGACUACAGAACGGAGAUUGCAGGUUUUCGUAGCUCUCUGGAAAACCUUAACGUACGGGUUGACAGCACCGACGAGCGGGUCACCUUGCUUGAAAAGAAGUUGGUUGAGACCUCAACUACAAACCACUCAUAUGAGUCCAUUAUUCAGGACCUUAGGUCACAAAUAAAUGAACGUGACCAAGACAUGUUGCAUGAUGAUGUUGUGCUGUCUGGUGUGCUCGAGGCUAGGGGGGGAGAAUGUCAUCCACCUGGUCAAGGCUGCGGCAGGGAAGCUGGGUGUCACCUUGGAUGA